UUGGCUAUGUUUCUAUGCGUGGAUUGGAUUAGCAGUUUGUGAUUUUUUUUUUCUGCUGACUACUGAUAUUUCACUUCUACAGGUAACAAUAAAAAGGAAUGCAACGUAGACCUCGCAAAAGUAAAGAGGCGUCCGAGACCAGACCAAACAUAUACUUAAAGAGGAUUUAUCGAAGUGAGAAAGGUUUAAACAGCAGGAAAAAAAGAAAGUUCUUUGUGAGUUGAUCUUUGAGCGGCGCGGACCCCCACUGCGAUCACUCUGCCCUGCGUUUUGUUUGUACAGGUAAUCUGACUGGACAGAGAGGAGCGAGCGCUUGGGAUCGCGCAUUGGAAAGCAAAGUCAUUUAGCCAGCCGGCCUCUACAGCUUCUUCACACAGUCGCACCCGUUCUGUACUCCUUAACCCGUCAUCACCAUCAUGAAUAACCCUAAGCUCACUCGAUUGAUCAGCGCUUUCCUUCUCAUCAUCUCCGCCGUAACUAACACCUUGGAAGGAACUCCACAAGACUUAGUCACGCAGGGUUUUCUCCAACGUAUCUUCACUUUCUUCGGUCAGAAUGGAAGUUUGUCCGCUGAGAAUCUCGAGGAGCUGCUGGAUCGACUUGGAGCUUCGAAGUUACCGGACAGCGCAGAAGCAGCACAGAAUCUGCAGCAUGAUUUACAGUGCCUAUCAGUCAAUGAUUUCUUUUCACUUUAUGGAAUGAAUAAUCAUAGUCGAAUAACAGCAGAAAACUUAAAGAAUAUUUGCCCCGCCAUAAUUCAACAAGUUAUUAUUCGUCCCUGUGUCGUCAGAACACCUGAAUCAGAUGUUAAUCCUGUUCAUGCUGAUAAACCAUUACCUUACCAAGUGUGGGGGUUUGGAAUCCUUGCAGUUACUCUUAUCAACUUGGCAGCACUUCUUGGCCUGGCACUUAUUCCUUGCACUAAAAAGCCAUACUUCAACAAGGUCUUGACAUAUUUUAUUGGACUAGCCAUUGGAACUUUGUUUUCAAAUGCUGUGCUACAGCUUAUACCAGAGGCUUUCGGAUUUGAUCCUAAGGUGGAUGAUUAUGCUUUUCAAGCAGUUGGAAUAUUUGGAGGAUUCUAUGUGCUUUUCUUUAUGGAAAAAGUAUUGAAGAUGAUAUUAAAAACAGACCAGCAUGGGCACAGUCAUUCUCAUCUUGGUCCUUCAGAAGAGUGUCCACCUCCAUCUGAUGGUGCUGAGAAAAUGGUCAUGGAGAGCAAUAAAAAUGGAGACACCAUAUUUAACACACAAAUUGUCACCAUAACCAAUUUUGGUACCAUAAGUGACAGGGGCAGUAUUGAUUCAAGCAUUAAUGCAAUAUCGGAUACACAAGUCAAACAGAGCAGAUGUUCUUGGAUGAAGUGGCAGAAAAUUGGUAACAUUAAAACUAUCGCUUGGAUGAUAACACUAAGUGAUGCUCUGCAUAAUUUUAUUGAUGGCUUAGCCAUUGGUGCAUCUUUCACCGUCUCCAUGUUUCAAGGAUUGAGCACUUCAAUAGCCAUAGUGUGUGAGGAGUUUCCACAUGAGCUGGGUGACUUCAUUAUCCUGCUGAAUGCAGGCAUGAGUAUUCCACAAGCCAUGUUCUUUAAUCUCCUAUCAGCUUGCUCUUGUUAUUUUGGACUCAUUUUGGGAAUUAUCAUAGGAAACAACUUCUCUCCUAACAUCAUUUUUGCUUUGGCUGGUGGAAUGUUUUUGUAUAUUGCGCUGGCAGAUAUGUUCCCAGAGAUGAACAACAUACUGAAGGAUGAAGAAAGAUCUACUAGAAACAAUAUAAUAUUUUUUCUUAUACAGAAUGCUGGCAUGAUUACAGGGUUUGCUAUAAUCUUAUUAAUAACCUUGUUUGCGGGUCAUAUAAACUUUGGAUGAGUCAAAUUCAGACUCAAACAAUCAUGCAACUUAAAAAAUCUGAAUUUAUUCUUAAACCCAAAAGCCAAAGAUUUCAAGUGUAUGAAGUAAAUGUAACUGAUCUUUAAGAAGUUUGGCUGUAAGUGUAAAUUUUUUUAUCAAAUUCCUACUCUCCUGUUUAAGGUGAGUAUCAGCUUUCAUGUUACAAGUUUUAGCUAUCAACUAACAUUUGGGCAGUAGCAUUUUUAUUUAUAAGAUCCAUGAAAUAGCAUUUGAAAUAUUAACUUGACUUUUUUAUUGACUGCAAUGUAAUUUAAUGUUUCCUACCUCAGCUCUUGAAGACACUUGUGGUUGCAGGUUUUCAUUCCUAUUACUUUCCUAAUAAAACAAAUAUUCCUUCCUUUAACUGAAAUCAUUUUCACUUAGUUGGGCUCUUUCUACUAGUUUUCCUGUAAACUGAAGAAAACAGAAGUAAAUAAUUGAAUUUUAUUCAAAGUUAGAAACGUUUUUAUUUUUGUCAUAGAUAUUAGCAUACUUGAAUUUCUUUGCAGUUUUAUUCAUUUAAAUAUUUUUAGUUUACUUGCUACAGAAGUGCCUCCUUAUAUUCUACUUCAUUUUGUUUAAUUUUUAAUAAAAACAACAUCUGUAGAGUAAAUGGCUUAUCACGCCACGACUUUGUGUGAGAGUCCGGCUGUGCCUUGUGUGCUUCACUUGCCACAGUUUCAAAGCAUGCAGACAACAAACUAUACACAAAACCAGGGCUCCUUGUUAUUUCAUGCCAUCCUGAAGCAUUUUGCACAGUGAUGACUACCCUUCCACAUACUGUACCACUCUCACUUAUGUAAAAGUCAAAGAAACUCCCCUUCUCCUCAGCUAGUAAAACAAUUUCUAGUUAUGUACACACUAUUUUCAAUGAUUUCUCAACAAAAGGUACUUUGAAGCGCUAAUGUAGCAAUGUAAUAUAUUAGAGUAUGUGGUGCAAAAGCUUGAUGCUGGUCAAUACAAAAUUGAUUGUGGUGCACGCUCCCUCUCCAGUGAGGUAGGGUAUGGUGUAUUUGCCAUGGAAAAUGUAUAGUGUAGUUAUUUUUACUGAUUUCGUGGUCCAUCUAUAGUAUCAACUACUCAUGCCAGGUGACUGUGUGGAGCACAACAUGCUUACACUUCAUGCAGGAUACCAUUGAAAUUAAUAGGUAAACUCCUAGGUUGAGUAAAUAAUGGCAAACAUGACACAGUAAUUUCUCAGUCCAAGUCCUUCUUUAAUUUUACAGGUCUAUGCAUAUGUGACCUAAUCCAAAAAAUUGCAGACUUAAGUAAUUGUUCAGAUAGUCGUAUGCAGAACACGCUGAAAUAAUGUAAGUGAACCAUUCAUAAAAGAUCUGGGUGGAAAUGAUUAAUUUAAUCAUUUCACAAAAGUUUAUUUGCUUUUAAAUGCAGCUAUUUGAAAAGGGACUGGAAAUUAGACUGAGAAAUAAGGGAACUAAUCUUCAUCUUGACAAAGAAGAAACUUGUUUGUACCUGUAUGUAGUGUUUAAAUAGGGGAUGUCCCACACUUGUCUGGUGCAGACUGAGUUUGUACAGUUUCUGUAAACAGUAAAAAUACAGUAACACAUGCCACUGUUAUGAUCUUAGGGAAAGAUCUGUCCUGCUGGACAGAGAAAGUAAAGUGACCAGGAGAUGGGGAAAAAGGUUAAAAGCAUGAGACAGAGAGUAAGCCGAAAGGAAGCAUUAAAAUGACAGUUAAAACCAAAAGCGCCACUCAAAAGUUUUUAGCUUUUUUUGACCAGGAGAUAACAAAAAAAAAGGGACCAGGAAAAAACCUCUUGUUAGAGGAAAAGGCAAGAAUCAAAAAUGACUGAAAUGAAAUAUUUACUAAUUAUUAUGGGAAUAGCAAUGAGUAACCUUGCCAUACACAGCAUGGCAGCGACAAUGUAAAACAAAUGGCGGUACCAUUGAGAACCCAACUUAAAUCAGCGGGGUACUUGAUGUCAUCUACAUAACAAAACACAAUGGCCAUAAAACUGCAGUAAAUUUGCACAAAACCAUGCAGAAUUGAAGCAGGAGCUAUCAGAAAGGAUGCUAAAGGCCCUAACUAUAAUUGUUAAUUCUCUCCUCUCAUUACUCUAAUCAAUCAUCAUUUGCUUUUAAGUUUAUCCAAAGCUUUGGCAUCAGUAUUGUUUGUUGUGCCACUUUCUUUUAUAAAGAUGCCAUGAUGAUGUCACAUGUAGAGCCAUUAUAUGUUACAUGGACAGUAAAGUGUGUCAUUUUUGUUUAAAUUGGAGUCACAAAAUUACAGAGCUCACAGUAAAAAAAUGCAUGCACAGUGGCACUAUGCUGACAUCACCAAAACAAUAUUAAACUAAAGAAGAAUAAGGAAAGGAAAAUGAAUAAUAGACCCUGUAUAAACCUGCCGGUAAUUAAGCACAGUUAUGAUUGCUGCUGUUAUCCAGUUUACCUUCCAUAGUAUUGUUUAUAUUUUGAAAAACAUCUUUGUGAUUAAAUACAUUCUGUAUGAUUUGUUGUUUUGGACAUUUUGGAUCCCUAACUCAAAUCUGAGACUGUACGUGUGACUGUUGUCAGCCCAGGAGAGUAUUAGAUCAUUCUCAAAGGAGUGAAAGUCCCAUUAAAUUCCUAGGAUGGUUAACCCAGAUUCUAUGUAUUGUCUGAAAGUGGCCACUGACUGUCACUCAUGCUCUGUUACUACUGCUGUAACCAAAAAAGCUGCUUACUCCCACACUGAAAGGUACGUGGUGAGGCUUGCUAAUGAGUGCUUAUGCAUUUGCAAAUGUGUGACACGAUUCUACAGUGUUGUAAUAUCCAUGAGUUGGAGGCAGUGUAGCAGCUCAGACCCUUCAAGUGGGGUACUUAGGCCACUCUGUGUCCAUAGCCACUCAUGACUACGAAAAAAUUAGGUGGAAAGCUUAUAAUUUAUAUAUAAAUAUAUGAAGUGACACAUCCAGGUAAAGUCGGCCUUCUCUUUGUGUAUAGACAUACAUUACAGAACACAAAAAAUAAUUCUUAAAUUCCUUUGAAAACUAUACUCCAGUGAGUAUUCCUGAAUGAAUACAAUAAAAUCAAAGCAUGGAAAAUAACUCAUAUGACUUAAGUAACAGACCAGUUUAAAUAGGAGUUCACUUAUAAUUAGAAUAUUGGCUGAAACAAUCAGAGAGCCAAAGUUAAGAGCUGCUAUUUUAAUCCAAAUGAUGAAUAUACUCUAUCAUGAAUGGUAAACUACACAAAUAAGGUUAGACAUUAUAAUUAUUAUUAUGGUGAUCUUUUUAAAACAUUUUAAAAUAUUUAAAAGUAAGAUAUAUGAAAGUGAACCCUAUGAACAGGUUCCUUUUUAAUCAGUGCCUUUUGUCUCUUUUCAUAUGCUGUACACUUAGAAAUGGACCAAAACAUGAAAAAAAUUAUGAUGCAUUCUGAGAUACUGUACAGUAAAUAGUUAAACUAAUAUGUAUUAUGUACAUUUUUUAAAUGUUAUUAUGUAUGUUUUAGGGAAAGAAUGCAGAAUGACUGUUAAAUUUUAUGUAAACUCUAAUACUUUCAACUGACAUAUAACAUAUAACUGACAUAUUUAACAAUAAAGAUUGAAUCUUUGUGGAA